AUGUUGUCUUUGCAUUACGACCUUUCAUACUUUCUGAACAAAUCAUUCAUUUACAUUCUGACUCAUGGUGCCGUCCUGUUCCCAACACUCAGGCUGCAAUAUCCAAUUCUGUCCUCUACACACGACACAAUUACACUCUUUUUCUAUCUCAUUCUCUCUCUCUCCCUCUCUCUCUCUCUCUCUCUCUCUCUCUCUUUUAAACUUUUAUUUAUCUCUCUUUUGUAUUUUCUCUAUCUCUUUCUUUUUUCUUUCUCUCUUUUUCUUCUUCAUUCAUUAUUGCCUCUCUUUUUUCCUCACACUUUAUCACUUUUUUCCUUCUUUCUUCUCUCUUUCUCGUUCAUUUUAUUUCUUUUUCUCCUUCUCUCUAUCUAUCUCUUUCUCUUUCUUUCUCUCUUUUACUUUUCUCCCAACCAACCAACUUCUCUUCGUCACACUCUCAGACUUUUGCACACGCUUCGUCGGUCACGAACUGUUUAUCCAAGCGGCUAUUGUUUGUCGUCGUCAACCGUCGGAGAGAGAGAGAGAGAGAGAGAGAGAGAGGAAACCCAACUUAACCCAGCAAUACACCCGAUUCUGAUCAGCGCGACACCCUCCCGGCCUGUCUUUACUAUCCCUUAA